UUACUGAUAUAACGUUUUGCUAUACAUUUAGGUUGAUAUGAUUGUUGUUACCGAUGGAAGCCGGAUUUUGGGUCUUGGAGAUCUAGGUGUUCAUGGAAUUGGAAUUGCUGUAGGGAAGCUUGAUUUAUACGUUGCCGCAGCUGGAAUAAAUCCUCAACGGGUACUACCUGUCAUGAUUGAUGUUGGAACGAACAAUGAAAAACUACUCAAGGACCCCAUGUAUUUGGGUCUGCAGCAACGUCGUUUAGAGGAUGACGAGUAUAUAUCUGUUAUUGAUGAAUUUAUGGAGGCAGUGUAUACCCGGUGGCCACAUGUUAUUGUGCAGUUUGAGGAUUUCCAGAGCAAGUGGGCUUUCAAAUUAUUGGAGAGGUAUAGAUACACCAAUCGAAUGUUCAAUGAUGAUGUCCAGGGGACUGCAGGGGUUGCAAUCGCUGGUCUUCUUGGAGCAGUUAGAGCACAGGGGCGGCCUAUGAUUGAUUUUCCUAAGAUGAAGAUUGUUGUUACUGGCGCUGGAAGUGCCGGAAUCGGUGUUCUGAACGCUGCAAGGAAGACAAUGGCGCGGAUGUUGGGAAAUACUGAAACUGCAUUUGAUAGUGCACAAAGUCAAUUUUGGGUGGUUGAUGCUCAGGGUCUUAUCACUGAAGGACGAGAAAAUAUUGACCCAGAGGCUCAGCCUUUUGCUAGGAAGACUAAAGAAAUGGAGCGUCAGGGAUUAAAAGAAGGAGCAACUCUUGUGGAAGUGGUCCGUGAAGUUAAACCUGAUGUGCUUCUUGGUUUAUCUGCCGUUGGAGGGUUAUUCUCAAAAGAGGUUUUAGAAGCCAUGAAAGGUUCAACCUCGACAAGACCUGCUAUUUUUGCAAUGUCGAACCCUACAAAAAACGCUGAAUGCACGCCUCAAGAUGCAUUUUCUAUAUUAGGCGAGAAUAUGAUUUUUGCAAGUGGAAGCCCAUUCAAGAAUGUGGAAUUUGGGAAUGGUCAAAUAGGACAUUGCAACCAGGGAAACAACAUGUACCUAUUUCCGGGUAUUGGACUUGGUACUCUUCUAUCUGGUGCUCCCAUCGUCUCGGAUGGUAUGCUUCAGGCCGCAUCUGAGUGCCUAGCAGCAUACAUGAGCGAAGAAGAAGUGCUACAGGGGAUUAUAUAUCCUCCAAUAUCAAGGAUACGAGACAUAACAAAAAGUAUAGCAGCUGCGGUGAUUAAGGAAGCGAUUGAGGAGGAUCUGGUCGGCGGAUAUAGGGAAAUGGACGCUCGAGAGCUCCAAAAGCUUAGUGAGGAGGAGCUGAUGGAGUACGUGGAAAACAACAUGUGGAGUCCAGAGUAUCCGACUUUGGUCUACAAAGAUGACUAAAUCUGGUUCCCAAAAUGAAUUAGUCUACUUUCUCUUAUUUAUAUGUAAAAAUUCAUAAUGUGGUUGCUUCAUACCCAAGCAGAUUCAUAGUCGCUGCUCUCUUGUUUUUAUGUAAAAAAAAAAAAUGUUGAUUAUUUGGGUUCUUCUUACUCGAUCAGAUUCAGAUGAACAAUGAACACCA